CACGAUUUAUAGACGCGAAUCGAUCGUCGCCCGGAGCGGCGACGGCGACACGCGAAGUUCGUAAUAUAGUUCGCGACGCGAACUGGCGCGGGCGCGUCGCGAGACUCCAGCCGGCGAACGAACGAACGAACAGCUCGCGCAACGCGCCGCGCCGUUAGACGACCGUAACAAUUCUCGCGGAGUCGAGUGAUAUUAUUCUUCUUCUUUCUGUUCUAAAUAGCCUUCAUCACACACGGAGCGCUAAAAGGUACAAGUUUCAUUCUUCACACGGGUAAACGCGUAAGAGCAUACAUAAGCGGAAGGGGAAAACACUUGCGCCAGGUUGGAAAAUCGCGUAUCAUUGGCAGCGUCAUUCAACUUCUUCAAACGAAUCUCUUCGACCGCGAAACUAUAUUUCCGAGAUGAAAAAUUUAGUCCCUUCAGUCGAGAGCAGUUGCUAACGCGAAUGGUUCUUCGGUUUGCGAAACAGAAUUUUCUGGUACUGCAAUCGAACCUCAUAAUAACAGGAAAUUUCCAGUUGCCGCUGCAGAAUAUUUUUCCGCAUGCGCGAGUCGCACGAGCCCUAUCGAGGUCUUAUGCUUGAUGAGGAUGGCUCCAACAAUUUUUUGCUCGGGUUGCGCGCAUCCUCUUUCGAACAGACAGGAUUGCGCGACGGAGAAACGCAUGAUUUCGUCGUCGACGGGUCUGUUGACAGGCCGUGCGAAAGCGAGCGGCGAUGCCUUGCGAAUUGCAGCUCUAGCAUGGAAAUGCGUUCAUUAUUCACGAACGCCAGGAUGGAGGAAUCGAUGUGUAUGAACGAGGGCGAGCGACAAUCGAAGAUAUCGCAGCUGUUUAACCCUCAAUAAGCCUUAUUUGCUGAGGUAAUCCUUGGACGACGUGUACAUCGGCGAGCGAUAAGGCCAUUGAGAUCGUCGAGCAACGAGUGGUCGUGCAUGAGCAUUACGUCUGCAUAAGAAAUAAUCUUCCUACUGCACUCUACAUGUAUACGUAAAAAUUUUGUCAUUUAUAUAAAUGCUGCUUCCAGCAUGCUUCGUUAUUAUAU